AUGAAUAUUGCUGGCAAUGUACUGUCAUUAAACUCUGUUAUAACAAUAGUGCACUGUAAGUAUAUUAUAGUCAAUGCUGAUGAUAUGAAGCUUGUUCUUGAUAUUGAUGCCAAAAUUGGGUUAAAUUAUUUUGGUCUGAUUGAUGUACCUGAUUGUCCUGCCUCUGCUGCCACCACUCACUAUCUGUAUGCUGCCCCUGCCUCAUCAACUACUGCUGCUGCUGCUUCACCAUCACUGUCACUGUCCACUACUACCUCUCUGCCUCUCUCUGGUGCUGUCAGGGUCUCUAUCUGUCAAAUAACAGAUAUUAGAGUCCUUGUCUGGUUCACAAAGCUGGUUCUAGAGAAGCAGAAGGAGAAGCAGAAGAAGGAGAAGAAGAAGAAGAAGAAGAAGAAGUGGAAGAAGAAGAAGGAAAGAGAGAAGAAGAAUGAUAAUAAUAAUAAAGAUGAUAAUAAUGAUGAUUAA